AUGCUAAAAAAGAAACCAGUUAAGAACAGCCAACAGUGUGUUGAGGAGCUUGCCAAGGAGGAAUACCAGUUCAUACCUUCAUACUUGGCUGGUGCAACUAAAACUGAACAGUUUGACAAACUCCUACGUUUCCAGAAGGAGUUUGUAGCAAAGCAUGAACUGUUACAGAAUGAUUUCACAGGGAGCGAAGUUGUUGAGGAAGUAUUUGAAGACGUGUGCAACAACUCUCUGAUAUCUGAUGAUAUUCUGAAGGAAGUGAAG